GGGCGCUUUUUACGCCUCUACGAUUCAGAUUCAAACGUUAAAGCGAGCGUCAUGGUUGUAGAGAAUAACGAGAUCAAGGGGGAGACAGCGACCGACUUUCACCCCACACCCGUGUGGCUGAACGAGUCCUAUAUGGAGGCAUUGCUGCAGAGCCAGAAGAAGGAUGCCGGUCUGAGGAUCAUCCAGCUGGACGUCAAGCCAGCCACAGCCAAGGGGGACAACUAUGCAAGUGUCAUGACCCGAGUGAAGGUGAACUACGUGAAGAGCGGCGCCAAGACACCCGAGCAAGGAUAUUAUAUUGUGAAGACAACCUACGAGAACGAUCCGUUUAUAUCGAACAUCUUUUCCGGCUACCAGGCCAGCACCACAGAGAUGCUGAUGUACGAGAAGAUUCUGCCCAAGUUGAGCGCCCUCAUCGAUGGCACACAGCAGCCCGAGAAGUUGUUCGCCAAGACACUGCAUGUGGACUAUGAGCACGAUGCCAUCAUCUUUGAGGAUUUGGCUGUGUCCAAGCAUGUCCUAGCCGACCGCUUGGCAGGCUUUGACCUGGAACACACGCACAUGGCACUGCGCAAGCUGGCCAAGAUGCAUGCCGCCGCCGCUGUGCUCAACGAGCGCCAGCCGGGUGUCCUCACGAAGCUGGAUCAUGGCAUCUUCAAUCGUCACACGGAGGGCUUUGGCCCCUUCUUUCAGAAUAUGAUGGUAAUGGGGGCAGAGUUUGCCGACAAGUGUCCGGAGCUGGGUAGCUAUUAUGGCGACAAGCUGCGGGCAUUGGUCGAGCGGCUGAUGGAGUACUCCACGCGCGUUUAUGACCCCCAGCCGGAUGAGUUCAACACGCUGGUGCAUGGCGAUUAUUGGGUGAACAAUGUGAUGCUGCGUUAUAACGAGGAGCAGCAACCCCUGGACAUGGUUCUCAUCGACUUUCAGUUCUCCAGCUGGUCCUCGCCGGCCGUAGAUCUGCAUUACUUCUUCAACACCUCGCUGCAGAAGCAAAUACGAUUCGAGCAGCAGGAUGCGCUGAUUCAGUUCUAUCACAAGGUGCUCGUAGACACGUUGAAGGAUCUGAAAUACGGUGGCUUUAUACCCUCGCUCAGGCAGCUUGUCCUGCAGCUGGAAAAGGGUAAAUUCUUUGCCGUCACCGUGUCAUUAACCAGCCAUGGCAUAAUGUUAAAUGAUCAGACAGCCGAUGCGGAUUUCAAUGCCCUUAUCCAGGACGAUGAGCGGGGACGCAUCUUCCGACGGUUGGUCUAUAGCAACAAGAAGUUCCAGGAGUUUGUAAAACAUUUGCUGCCUGUCUUUGAUCGUAGCGGUCUGCUGGAUGUCACCGACUAAAGAGACUCAGAGACUUAGCUGUUAAAUGUAUUGUAAACCAAAAUGAAAUAUAAAAUAAAAAUAAUAUUACACUUUA